AUGACGACGGUCGUCCUCGUCCUCGCCGCGCUCGCCUCGACCGCGCUCGCGGGGGAGUACGCGUGCACGGCGACGUGCGUCGGUGGCGCGGGUGGAAGCACGGGAUGCGGCGCGGGGUACGUCCUGAGCAACGCGUGCGGAUCCUCGGACUCGACGUACGAGGGGUGCGCGAGCGCCAAGUGCGACGCGGAGUGCGCGAACGCGACGGGGGCGAAGGCGAUCUUUGGAAAUUUCACGUGUUACAAUACCUCGAACGUGAUGAAAAUGACGGCGGCGGACGCGACGCAGCAGAGCGUGGCGAUGAACUGCGAACCCGCCGGGUCGCACGCGAUGCCGGGCUCCAUGUUCAUGGCGGGCGCGACGCACACGGCGUGCGACGCGAAGAGCGCCGCCGGAAGAGCGACGACGCUCGUCGUCGCCCUCCUCGCCUCGUUCGCUCUCAUGAUGUGA